GUUGUUCAAGUUUUAAGGAAAUGAUGAUGAAUGAUUACUCGAUAACUACUCAUCGGGACGGAAAACUGAAAAGGCCAAAACACAGUUAAUUGUUUCAAUUUCUUCCAGAAAAAUGUUAGAUAUGGUUCAGUGGAUGGACGAGGACAUUUUGGACGUUCUAACCCGUCCUUUACUAAAAAAUGCGCCAAAUACGUACGCUUAUACGAAAUGUUUAACAGAAGAAUUAGUUGGAGAAUACUCUUCACAAUUACCGAUUGCAAUCGCGAGACCAUCGAUUGUAACUGCGGCAUGGAAGGAGCCGAUUCCGGGAUGGGUGGACAACUUGAAUGGACCCACAGGAUUAAUCGUAGGUGCUGGUAAAGGCGUUAUAAGGACCAUGCAUUGUGAUGCUUCCCUAGAAGCUGACAUAAUGCCUGUCGAUGUAUCGAUAAAUGGUCUCAUUUUGGCCGCUUGGAAAGUUGGAAACAAUCCGCCCUCUGACGAACCCUUAGUAGUGAACGUGACUUCUUAUAAGAAAGUAAAAUUGUAA